AAAAACAAUAUUAUCAAUGGAUUUUAAUAUUGUCAGUUUUUUUAUUAUUAUCAUCUUUAAUCUUUUUAUACGUGAUAAGGACAGAGUAAUAAAAAUAUAUGAAACAUAAUUUCUUUGAUACAUAAAUUUGUUUUGAUCAAAUUAAUAUAAUGGCAGCUGUUAUUCCAACAGUUACUAAAUUAUCAAGUAGAAUCAUAAGAAUUCUGGGCUGCAACCCAGGACCAAUGACGCUUCAAGGAACUAAUACAUACUUAAUUGGAACUGGAAAAAAUCGUAUACUUUUGGACACUGGUGAUAAAGACAUAACAGAAUAUCAGAAACAUUUAUCUGAAGUAGUAGGUUCAGAACAAGUAAAUAUUGAACACAUAGUGGUUACACACUGGCAUCAUGACCAUAUUGGAGGAGUUGAGAAUAUUUUUGGGACAAUUGCAAAACAACCCAAAGUUUGGAAACACAAAAGAGAUUCAGAUGAUGCACAUGACACAAACCCGUUACCAAGUCCUUUUAACUGGCUUUAUGAUGGACAAGAGCUGACAGUUGAAGGAGCAACUCUUAAGGUUCAUCACACACCUGGGCAUACAACUGAUCAUGUUGUUUUGACUUUACAAGAGGAAAAUAUUUUAUUUAGUGGGGACUGUAUUCUUGGAGAGGGCACUGCUGUUUUUGAAGACCUUUAUACCUACAUGAAAAGCUUAAAUAGAAUAUUAGAAUUGAAUCCCAGUGUUAUUUAUCCUGGACAUGGAAAUAUUGUUGAUGACCCAAUUGAAAAAAUUAAAUACUACAUAGCACAUCGAACUCAAAGGGAAGAACAAAUUUUGGAAGCUCUUAGGAACAACUCUGAUAAACAAUUAAAUGAAAUGGAUUUAGUUAAGAUCAUCUAUAAAGAAACACCAGAGCAUUUAUGGCCAGCAGCUGCAUAUAAUGUUAAUCAUCAUUUGACAAAAUUGGCCAAAGAGAAAAUAAUAAAAUGUCUAGAUAUAGACGGGGAAAAUAAAUGGCAGAUAGCUAUGACACAAAGCAGUUUAUAGUCAUAUAUUUAGUCAAAUUCAGAGGAUUUUUAUUUAGUAGUAGUUUAUUUUCCUAUAUUUUCUAGUAAUUAAGGGGGAUUUAUUAGGUACCAUAUUUACAUAUUUUCAACCUAAUUGUGUUAUAAAUUAUUUCAAAUAUGAAUUCAACACUUUUCUUCAGGUAUACUCAUCAAAACUAUAUUUAUUUAUUUAUACUGUUUGCGGAAUAUACAUGCCUACCAUUAUUGAGUUUCCAUAACCUCUAUGGAUAAUUUUCAGAGGAACCAUUUUACAGAUGGGAUUUUGGGUUUUGCCAGCAAAUUUUAUUAUAUUAUUAUGAAAAUCUGUUUCAAAAUAAAGGAAUAAAAGCAUAAUA